UUGGUGCCCUGCCCAUUGGGAAAACCUCUCAUCUCUGUAUAAAUGUCCGAGGUGGCCUCAAGGGAGGACUUCUGCACGCAGCUCCCUCCUCAGGACACGAGGUUCCAGGUUCUGCCAUCUCGCCAUGAGGCUUCUAGUGCUUUCCAGCCUGCUCUGCAUCCUGCUUCUCUGCUCCGUCUUCUCCGCAGAAGGGAGACGGCGUCCUGCCAAGCCCUCGAGACUCAGGCCCUGCUGCCAGCGCGUUCCCAGCCACAACCCAACGGCCCUGAGAGGAUACCUCCCACGACACCGCGCAAGGCUCUGCAGACUGUGCAAGCUCAACCCAGGGACCAGCUCUUGGGUGGUGCCUGGGGCCCUCCCUCAGGUUUAGCGCUCCUGCAGCACGUCUCUGGACAGCAGAGACCCUCAUGCCCAGCGCUCGAGCCACCCAGCAGCCUCAAGUUGCCCCUUUCAACUUUCAGGGCAAUGAGCUGUGAUGUUGCAGGGCUUCAUCUCAGGCACAGGGGCCCUGGGAAGGUUCUAGAGCUCCAGGUCCCAGUCCCCAGUCUCUGGUAGUCGAAGAUUCCACCAUGACCUGUGGGCAGCUACAAAUCCAGAGACACACCAGCCUGCUGCAGUGCAGGGUGGCCAGCACCCAAGGGUGGCCAGCCAAGCCUGCAGAGUCUCGGCCGUCCUCAGAUCCAUUUGGUCUCCUGGCAUUUAACCACCCAGCAUGCAAUGGCCCCUGAGGGACUCCCAUCUUGACUUCCUGACAUGAGAUGAGUCUGCAGGAAAGAACAUCCAAUCCGAAUACAGAGAUGAUAAAUAAACCAACAAAAUGCAGGGAGCGUCCUUGUUUGAGAAAGUCAAUGACAGGGCCUGAGCCCAACUCUCUGCUAAAAGAAACGUGUCCCUGAAGCCUUCCCUGCCGGCUGGCCCCUUCAUCACGGCACAAUGCAGCCGUGUGGGGCGGGGACAGGGCCAAUGCGUCGGGUCCAACACACCAGCACUGGACGCCCUGCCUUCCCCCGGAUUUUCCGUGUGGCCUGGGCACGUCAGCCCCUUUUCUAUAAAGUGGAGAUUCAGGGCCUGUCCAGGGCUGGGCAGACACAUGCAAAGUGCCCACAAAGACCUGGACCAGAGGGGCUUGGUUCAGGGGAGU